AUGGAGCAGCGAAAGGCCCCGGGGGAACCCCCUACUGCAGCAGUUCAAGGAGUUGUGCGGAAGGAAUCUGAACUCGAGGAAAGCGGCGAUGCCAGUGCCCCUCCUGCCGCAAAGCGUUUCAAGCCAAUUCCACUGACAGAAUCCCUAAAAGAAGAAACCAUGGCAAGGGGAGAGCGUACUCCGGCUAUGGUGACUGAGCCAGAAAGCAAGCUCGCGGCCGCGGCAAAAGUACAUCGUGACGUUCACGGUGGCAGACCACAACGGAGUCAUCGACAACAUGGAGGCUCAGAUCUAGACAGGAAACCGCCAGCGUCCGUUGUAGGCGGAGCAGAUACACACACAACAGGUCCAAUGUCUCCUGCAUCCGACAUCAGCUCUGGAUCUUCAUCUCAUCACAAGUCAGACGUCGCGUCCCACUUAGACUCUGGUUAUGUCCAGGAGGUCCCUCCAGCACCACCGUCAACCCCCGCUAGCAACCAAAACACGGCAUCGCUUCUAGAUCCUGGUCUAGCCACUCCGCUUCCAAUACGGGACAGUGUCCUAAAUGCUUUUCAACUUGAACGACAACAAAUGCUUUCUGAGGGUGGAAUCACUCCUGCGCCAAAGUCGGACUCAUCGGUUGGUGCUAGACCCGUCUCGUUGACAGAAGACUUCUCAGAGUGGGCCGUAGGUGACAGAUAUGAAAUGAUUCGAAUAUUAGGCAAAGGCUCCUACGGGGAGGUGGCCCAAGCAGUUGACAAAUAUGCUGGACAUCCUGAUGCAUAUGUCGCCAUCAAAAGAAUACUGUCUCCGUUUGAUCAGGAGAUUGAUGCAAUUAGACUCUACAGAGAGAUUCAUAUUUUGAGGAGACUACGAGGGCAUAGCUGCAUCAUAAACCUACUUGAUAUUGUGCAGCCGCCUACCGAUGACCUUGACGAUUUCCACGAUUUGUACUUGGUGUUUGAAUACGUCGACACGGAUCUUUACAAGCUCAUCAUGUCUCCCCAAUACUUGACAACGGAGCACAUUCAAACAUUUCUAUACCAAAUGCUAACUGGGCUGAAGUAUAUUCAUUCCUUCUCGGUGAUACAUCGUGACCUCAAGCCUGCUAACAUCCUCCUGAACGAAGAUUGCUCUUUGAAGGUCUGUGACUUUGGUCUCGCCAGGAUAGUCAACUGCACCCAAGCUGAAGACGACAAUAGCAUUGACAGCAAUGCUGAUUCCCAAGAUCCGCACAGAAACCCCUUAAGUUUGGGCGUUCCCCCGCCGAAACGUGGCUUGACUCGGCAGCUGACAAAGCAUGUUGUCACUCGUUGGUAUCGAGCGCCUGAGCUUAUUCUUAUUCAACCUUACACCUCUGCAGUGGACAUCUGGAGUUUGGGCUGCAUCCUGGCCGAGCUCCUUAGCAUGCAAGAAGGUAGUGUCGCUGGAUACCAGGAUAGAAAGCCGCUCUUCCCGGGAGGAACGUGCUACCCGUUGUCUGGCGACCUGGACAAAAUCAAGAACGAGGAGCGACUGGAUCAGCUAAGUGUCAUUUUUGGAGUUAUAGGCACGCCAUCGCAGGAAGACAUUGCCUCAAUUGGAAACGCGCAUGAAUACAUCAUGUCCAUGGAGAAGACGAAAGGGAGGCCGCUGGAAAAGAUAUAUUCAGCCGCUGAUCCUUUGGCUAUUGACCUCCUAAAGAAGAUGUUGCAGUUCAACCCCAAGAGUCGAUGCACGGCCCAAGAGGCGCUGGAGCACGACUUUUUCAAGGGGGUCAGACGAAAAGACAUGGAGCCAGCCGCCAGCGAACCGCUGAUUGGACCCGCCUUUCUGGAGAAUAACCAGAUCGACCUGUUGACGCUCAAACGCAAAACGUUCGAGGAAGUCCGUUGGUACAGAGAUGCUGUUGUAAGCGCGGAGCGCAAAGCAGUCGAUUCUGACCAAGAAUAG